CGUUGAUUGGCCGGCUGAGGAGAGCCUUAGCUUCGUGAUUGGGUGAGGCGGUGACGCUGGCUGCCCGGCCGGUGACGCUCGGUGUGUGACGGAGACCGUGCAGUCGGUGGUGCUGGAGGCCCCGGGCUCUCCGGCGUUAUCGGGAGGCAGGAGACGGGGAGCUGCCGGAAGAAGGUAUGGGUCAGGAAGCAUGUAAAGCUGCCUGGCCUAAACCCUCAGGAGGCUAUCAAACAAUCACAGGGCGAAGGUACGGAAGAAGGCAUGCCUAUAUCAGCUUCCGCCCAUCUCUUGAGAGUCCAAACAGAACUUCAGCUCAGCUUGGAAGAGAAACUGAAGGGAUGGAGUUAGACAAUGUGCAAAAGGAGAAGGAAUUAAUUUUGUCUGAAAGUCCUGAUUCAUCACUCUUCACCAUCGGUAGCGUUUUAACUGCGGAUUUUCAGGAAGAAAGCAGAACAUUUCAUGCUAAUGAUAGUUUGUCUGUGUUUACUGAAGCCGAGCAAAAUACUGUGUCCCCCUUUUCAAUGUCAGAACAUGUGAGAAGAUGUCAGACAUUGAAUAAUAGCACUGACUGCGAGAAAAGCACAAAAACUUUCAUCAGGCAUGCUUCAAUGGAGCACUCGCGCCACUCCCAUCAAAACAGCAUUUCAUUUGUGAAUAUUGACUCUUUUGAGCCAGACAGCAGUGAAGGGGAAGACACUGUUAGCCACCACGAUGAUAUUUCUUUAAACUGUGAGACUGGAAACCAUAAGAAAACGUUAAAUCACAUGCUCUCUGACUUUAAAAAAGAAUCUCCUACUGAAAUACUGUCAGAAUUUUCCAGCUUGAAUCAUACUUUUUCCAAAGACAGUUUAUCUCAGGUGAGGCCUGCAUCCUUAGCCAAACAAUAUAACAUAGACCUAUGCACAACGCCGUGGAGUUUGUCCGCAAGCUCUGUGUCAGAGGACGAAGCCACAGGUGUUGGCAAUAUGAAUCUUUGUGAUUCUCUGCAACUGAAACAUAGACAUGAACUGGCGCAGAAAAGCACUAUAGGACUCUGCAACGAAAUAAAUACAGUUAGUGUUAAGACUGAACACGAGAAUGAACCCGUUGUCAGGCCUAAGAUUAGAAAACAGGUUCCCUCAAUUUCAACUGGAAAAGACCCGUUGAUAACGGAGGAAAUUGGAAAAGAAACCAAAAGUUCUAGAAAAGGAAACCGGGAAACCAUAUUUAGUGUGGAAAAGAUGGAUGAAAAGAACCACAAUGUUAAAGACCCGACAACCAUUGAAGGAGCCAGAAAAAAGAUAAAAAGGGGUAAUAAGGAAAAUGUAACGCCGCAAGAAGAUAAACCUUUAGUGGAUGAUACUUUUUGGGAUGAUUUUGAAGUCUAUGGUAUGAAAUUAACAGAUUCUACAAAAGAUGAAGACAGCUCUGAUUGCAGUGAUGGGGAAUGGUCUACAUGUUUACCUUCAUAUUUUUCUGGUGACAAAGAUCUUUCGUCUGGUGAUGAGAGCUGGGAGACUUUACCUGGAAAAGAAGAGCAUGAGGUUCAGAGCAUUAGCAGCAGUCUAGAAGAAGAGAACUCAGAAUUUUGCUUUCAAGUAGAGGAACAAAACUCUUUAGAAGAUGGGGAAAUCCCUUGGCUACAAUAUCAUGAGGACAUUGAAAGCAGCACAGAUGAGGAAAAUGAAAUUGGCAGUCAUUAUUUACCUCCAGGUUUUUUCAUUUUGGAUGGCAAUAAUAAUUUGGAAGAUGAUUCAAGUAUGAGUGAAGACUUAGAAGUUGAAUGGAGAUUACUUGAUGACUUUGGUGAUGGUAUUGGUGUGGCCCAAGCCAUGUCCUAUAUGGAUCCUCAGUUUCUUACAUAUAUGGCUCUUGAAGAGCGUCUUGCACAGGCCAUGGAGACUGCUUUGGCACAUUUGGAGUCCCUGGCAGUAGACGUGGAGCAGGCUCACCCUCCAGCUACAAAGGAAAGCAUUGAGUGUCUUCCUCAGAUCAUUAUCACAGAUGACCACAAUAUUGUAGGUCAGGAACAGUGCUGUGCCAUAUGCUGUAGUGAGUAUAUCAAGGAUGAAAUUUUAACAGAGCUCCCAUGUCACCACCUCUUUCACAAGCCAUGUGUGACACUUUGGUUACAAAAAUCUGGAACAUGUCCUGUCUGCCGUCACGUCCUCGCAUCUCUUCUUCCAGAAGCUGCUGCAGCCACUUCCUUCCUAUCAGACCAUGACAGCCCGCCAUCAAUCCACAAUGCAGCAGGGACUCGAUAAAAGCAACAUACUAACCAAAUCCAAUAGCUUGUUUUUCUUGUAAAAUAUAUUAUAUGAAAGUGAAGGCUGAAUAUCAACACGCAAGAGCCCAUACAAGCAUGAAGCUUAAUAUUUAUUAGUUUAGAGCACAGGUUCUCAAACUUGGUACUCAGGACCCCACACAGUGCAUGUUUUGCAAGUCACCCAGCACGUGCACAGGUGUAUUCAUUAUUCACUGACACAUUUUAAAAGGUUCACAGGUGUUGCUAAUUAUUUCACUUGCGAUUCUGUGAGGAGACCUGCAAAACAUGCACUGUGUUGGGUCCUGAGGACAGAGUUUGAGAACCUGUGGUUUAGAGCGAUUAGAAGACUUUGUAAGAAAUGCUUCUGUUUAUAGCCCAGCAAGAUCUGAACAAUUGCAAAGUAUGAUGCUAUAAUAUGCAAUGCAUUCUAAGCUUGUGAUCAGCUUGGCUGUUUUUGUUCUUUUUGUGGCACAACAUAUUUUGUGUUUUCACAACUGCAGUGCAGUUAGAGCUUUACAGACUUAUACUAUAAAAUCUUAACUUUGUUUUAUUUUAUGUUUACUUCCUUUCCUACAUGGCGGGACCCUUUGCAAAGCAAUGCAUCUCUGUUCCCUCUAGUAGUAAUAAGAUUAGAGCUGUGCCACUCGUUACACUGACUUUUGUAACUGAUCUCUCAUGUUUGCAUCAAAUGUGAAGAUGUUUUGUGAUCAUAAUGAUAGUAUACACUAUGGAUUUCCCCCAAAAUAAAAUGCAUUUGAAAUGUU